GGGACAAACAUCAUCAGGAAAGAAAGCGCCUGCAGCCGGCCCCUGAAGCGGCAUUUCAGAACGAGCAGCACUUGUCUCUGGGCCUACACCUGCGUGUUUUUGCGCGCGUCUCCAUCAGCGCGUCCUUUUGUCAGAUGAUCUCUAUUUCUUAAGCCCGCCUGCGGAGGCACAUUUUCCUUUAAAUAGUCUGGACCAAGGGCGGGGCUUGCAGGAUGCGGCCGGGGCCAGAAGGUGCCGCAGUGCUCUCGCCGGGGCCUCUAGGAUAGCGUUCCCUCCACCCUGGAGCGCGUUCAACAGAACACCCCAGUGAGUUCACACACUGACUCACUCGCACGCUCCAGCCGAAUCCAGGACUCUGGGCGCUAAAGAAGUCAAUGGAAGCAGAAGCCUACACCGGAUUCCUGUUCCCUGCAGGACCCUGACAGUUGGACAGGUGACUUCCAGAAUACGGAUGGAGUCUCCAGAGACAGACGCUUUAGUGGACGAAAUUCGCCAAACAACCAACUUAAGAUCCUAAAAGGGAGAGAGAACAAUCAGCGGACGCAGCUAAUCUCUUCAAACCCACACUUUAUCCCCUCACCCCUUGCCUUUCCAGGUCACCAUGUCUGCAGGAAACGGCACCCCUUCGGGGUCAGCAGCAGGGGAGGUCUGGGCGGGGUCAGGAGUAGAAGUGGAGGGCUCAGAGCUGCCCACCUUCUCAGUUGCAGCCAAGGUCCGAGUGGGAGUGACCGUUGUGCUGUUUAUUUCUUCGGCUGGAGGGAACCUGGCUGUGCUGUGGUCAGUGACACGGCCGCAACCUAGCCAGCUCCGCCCCUCUCCGGUACGACGACUCUUUGCUCAUUUAGCAGCUGCCGACUUACUGGUCACUUUUGUGGUUAUGCCUCUAGAUGCCACCUGGAAUAUCACUGUUCAGUGGCUGGCCGGGGAUAUCGCAUGUCGGACACUCAUGUUCCUGAAACUAAUGGCUAUGUAUGCCGCAGCUUUCCUGCCUGUGGUCAUUGGGCUCGACCGCCAGGCAGCCGUACUCCACCCGCUUGGACCCCGCUCAACUGGAGGGAAACUUCUGGGGGCAGCCUGGGGACUUAGUUUCCUGCUUGCCUUGCCCCAGCUAUUCCUGUUCCAUACUGUCCGCCGAGCUGGUCCAGUCCCCUUCACUCAGUGUGUCACCAAAGGCAGCUUCAAGGCUCAAUGGCAAGAGACCACCUAUAACCUCUUCACCUUCUGCUGCCUCUUUCUGCUGCCACUGACUGCCAUGACCAUCUGCUAUAGCCGCAUUGUCCUCAGUGCGUCCAGUUCCCGGACAAGAAAGGGGAACCAUGCCUCUGCCGGUGAAUUUGCCCUCCGCCGCUCCUUAGACAAUCGUCCCCGUGUUCGUCUUCGGGCCCUGCGACUGGCCCUGCUUGUCCUGCUGACCUUCAUCCUCUGCUGGACACCUUAUUACCUGCUAGGUCUCUGGUACUGGUUCUCUCCCACCAUGCUAAAUGAAGUGCCUCCCAGCCUCAGCCACAUCCUUUUCCUCUUUGGCCUCCUCAAUGCUCCUCUGGAUCCUCUCCUCUAUGGGGCCUUCACCCUUGGCUGCCGAAGAGGGCAUCAAGAACUUAGUAUAGACUCCUCCAGAGAAGGAGGAUCUGGAAGAAAGCCCCCGCAGGAGAUUCAAGCCCUUAGACAGAUGGAAAUACAAGCAAAUGUGGCAGCAAAAGAGGCAGGAGAAACAAAAGACAUUUCUAUAACAUCCAUUUGCUCAGGACAGAGUACACAGGAACAGAAUAAUUAUUCUUUAGUAUCACAAGAAUAUCUGACUUCUACCCUGCUCUCUUAGCUUCCAAGAAAAAGAAAUACUGAGCAGUCUCUACUUUGACCC